UCCGCCGAAACCCCCAUGCCGCGGCGUGCGAUGCGCUUCUUGCUCUCCUUUACGCGUCGCGAGCUCUCGCCACCGGGCUCCAUAUCACCGCGAUCCUCUUGUAACAUUCGCGGUUUUCUCAGUAUCGGAGAGUUUUCCCCCUCUCUUCAACUUUUGGUCUUAGGUAUAGGACAUUCCCAUGACAUCUGCUGAAUAUGGACUUAGUGAGCACCCCUGCUAGCCAUGUCUGUAUUCGUAAUUCAUCGGGCUGAUUCUACGAACACGGAGAGCAGGUAAACUUCCUUUUCCACUCGCUUGUGCGAGAAUCGGAAUCUCGCAAUGUCUCGUGGGCAACCAGAGAAUGAGUUAAACCGCUAAGGUAGAUCCGUAUAGGUAUAAGGAGGGACCGUCCGCCAUAGUUGAAGCAGUUCCUCCAUCCCAGAUUUUGGCAUAUACCUAUCCGUUAGAACCCCCUAUAAACCCCUAUAGAGAAUCGUGCCAAAAUCCGGAGCUAAGUUGUCGACAAUGCAUCUCUCAACGCACACAUGGAUGCGCCCCGAACCCCUUGAGCUCACGCUCAAAAGGGCGUCCUCCCUUGGCUACAAGUCGAUCGAACUAGCCGGCGAGCCGUCCCGCUAUUCCGUCAGCGAGACGAAGGCUCUGCUGAAGAAGUACAACCUAUCUUGCUGGGGAGCCGUCACCAUCAUGUACGGGUCCCGAGACUUGGUCGCGCCAGAGCCGGCCCAGAGGGAGGACACGAUCCGGUACAUGAAAGACGUCGUCGAUUUGGCCGCAGGGCUAGGAGGGGAGAUCGUCACCGUGGUCCCGUCCACCGUGGGCAAGCUGCAGCCGAAGGCGAGCCCCCGGGAGGAGUGGGGAUGGGCCGUGCAGGGUGUCCGAGCCGUAGCUCUACAUGCCGAAAAGAAGGGACUCCGUAUCGCGGUGGAACCUCUAAACCGAUUCGAAACGUAUCUGAUCACCAAUACGUCCCAGGCGCUGCAGCUCGUCGAGGAAGCCAACGUAUCGAAUCUUGGCAUCGCCUUCGACCCCUUUCACCUCAACAUAGAGGAGCCCGACCUGAUCGCCGCCAUCCGCCAAUCCGGUAAUAAGAUCUUCGACUUCCACCUCGGAGAUAACAACCGUCUAGCUCCCGGCGAUGGAACUCUAGACUGGCCCCUGAUCAUCCGAACAUUGCGCGAGAUCGGCUAUGAUGGCGCUUUAGCGCACGAGGCCAUGCCACCUAUAGACCGGACUCCUCUCGGCAACUUUGGUUCCAAACAGCUCGAGCCUGAGCCGUGGGACGUCGACGAAGGGACUCUACAGUUUCUGAAAGACCACGCCAGUGGCGUGCCGAGGGAUGACUAUUACACGGUUGUGCUGGCGCGUACGGUGGAAACAAUCCAGCCGCUGAUUUAGAUUGAUAGAUGCGAGACGGGCAGGCUCUCGGAAUACACCUAAUA